ACCUGCUCCCUUCUUCCCUUCUUUCCCUUACGAAACUCUCUUCCUCUCUCCGUUCUACUUCUAUCCCGCCUCUUUCCUCUCCUGCUUCAAUGGCAUCCCCCGCUCGCUCCUCCCCCAUCGCCUUCUCCGGUGGCGCCGCCUCAGCCGGAGACGACUCCUACCUGGUACUGGACCCCAAUUCCCAGGCUGGCAGCGCCGCCGGGAGCUUCCAGGGCGAGGGCCUCCUCGCCGGGACGGCCGGUGGCGCUCCGGUGGCGGAUGGAGGAAGCGGAGGCGAGGUGGAGUUUGGGUUCCAGCGGCCGGAGUUCGGGCGGCAGGCGCUGGUGGGAACCGUCCAGAUCUACGACCGUCACGUGUUCCUCUGCUACAAGUCGCCGGACGUCUGGCCGUCGCACGUCGAGGCGGCCGAGUCCGACCGUCUCCCACGCCUCCUCUUCGCCGCCCUCAAGGCCCGGAAGGGAGACAUGAAAAAGCGGACUCGUUUGACCAUAUGUGAAGGAGAAGAUGGUACUGAUUCAUCAAAUGGAGAUGUUCUGAUCUUUCCGGACAUGAUUAGAUACAGGAAAUUGACACACUUCGAUGUUGAUACUUUUGUUGAAGAAGUGCUCGUGAAAGACAUUGAGUGGCUCCCUGGAUUAGCUGAACAACUGGCUGGUUCAUAUGUUUUUAUAUGUGCUCACGGAAGCCGAGAUCGGAGAUGCGGUGUUUGUGGCCCUGUUCUUGUUAAAAAAUUUAAAGAGGAGAUAGACCUUCGUGGUCUACAGGGACAAGUGUCUGUGAGCCCCUGCUCCCAUGUGGGUGGUCAUAAGUAUGCCGGAAAUGUCAUUAUAUUUAGUCCCAAUAUCAAUGGAGAAGUAACUGGUCAUUGGUAUGGAUAUGUCUCUCCAGAUGAUGUGCCUACGUUACUUGAACAGCACAUUGGGAAAGGAAAGAUUGUGGACCAUCUGUGGAGGGGGCAGAUGGGAUUAUCUGAGGAGGACCAGAAAAAUGCUCACAACCUUAGACUCCAGUUGAACGGUGGAAUGGAGCAAAAUACUGCAAAGGAAUUUGUUGAAACUACUGGAAUUGAUGGCGCUGUGAAUGGCUCUGUGGUUGGAGGUGGUGGAUGCUGUCAGGGCACUAGCAACAUCAAUUGUUGCCAGAACAUGCCACCAAAAGAAAAACCAGAAAAUGAUCAAAUUGGCGAACAGAGGACUCAGGACAUCGGGCAGAAGAAGAGCAACGAGGAACCCAAGGCCAGCAGCAGCAAAGCAGCCUCCCGCACUCGUAAAACCUGUCCGAUGCCCACCUGGUUUGAGAGCUGGGAACGGGAGGACACCUAUGCAGCUCUUGCGGUGGUUGCAGCCAUUGCCUCUGUUGCUGUUGCCUACAGCUGCUAUAGGCAGCUGAGAUGAAAUUCAACACUUCUAAGUAAAACUUUUGCUGGCUUAGGUAUCCAUAGUCCUCAUGAUACUGAGGUACCACGUAAUGUAUUAACAAUUUACAUUAGCAGUUAUAGUUCCAUGGCAAAGCAAAAAAUCCGCACACAGUGGUGGGACAAGAAGAUGCAUGAUGCUUAAGACCUAGUUUUGACAUGUUAUAGGUUUGAAUGAUAAUCAUAUUACUCUGCCUAUGUACAUCAUUGCAAGGUACAAACAGUAUAAUCUGAUAAAAAUGCCUGGACAUGAAUGUUAGUGUUUUUGAAUUGAGACAAACAGAUUGGCUUC